AGACUGCCCCAGUGAGCUGGAGCAUUGAAGAAGAGUCUCCUGCCAAUAACACUGAAAAGAAAGAAAAAGGUUCGCUGGCCUGUGAGCUUUUGAGCCAUUUGCCUGUCUCCUCCCAUCAUCUCGUCCUCUGAGUGCUGGAAUUAUGGAAGCAUGCCAACACCUGCACCUUUUCACGUGGCAUCCAGGAACUGACCUCAGGCUCUCAGACUAGUGUGGCCAGUGUCUUUACCAAUUGAGCCACCUCCCUGGCCUUCACUAUGUGUGAGCAAGAGCCAUGAUGAAAUCUGUGGUACUUGUCAUCCUUGGGCUAACUUUGCUGUUAGAAACACAAGCCAUGCCUUCAAGUCGCCUCUCCUGCUACAGAAAGUUGCUAAAGGAUCGCAAUUGUCACAACCUUCCGGAGGGCAGAGCCGACCUGAAGCUGAUAGAUGCAAAUGUCCAGCAUCAUUUCUGGGAUGGGAAGGGAUGCGAGAUGAUCUGCUACUGCAACUUCAGCGAACUGCUCUGCUGCCCAAAAGAUGUCUUCUUUGGACCAAAGAUCUCCUUUGUGAUCCCCUGCAACAACCACUGAGGAUCUGCCUUGCACUCUGGAGAACAUGGUCCUGAAGGCCUUCACGUCCCCUAAUUUCCCACAAACUCUGUCAGUUCAGCGCCAUUUCUGAUAUCCAUCCAGUAUAUCCAAUCUUGCAUAGAUUCUAUAAAGUCUUACUUGCUAGAGUAUACUUGGGCUAAAGUGGUAAUAAAAGUUGUUUCCAUUUGGCUUGUCUCUGUGGACACUGUUAGUAAGGCUUAAACUGUUUGGCUAGAGUUUUACUUAGGAGUUCACUACAUUCAGUAAGAAUCCUGUCCCCUAACGGAGAGCCACAGUCCUGAUUCACAGACAGAAAACGUCAGCUGCUGGUUGGUUGUCAGUUUUGACCAGGCAAUUCGAACAGAGAACCAGGCAAUAACCUGAACUCUUUGGAAGGGAAGCUAUACAUUUUCUAUUAAGAAAGAAAAGAACCCAUCCUUAGGUCUUAUUACAUGUGACACGUCUUUAAGCAUAUUUUAAUUUUCCUGUUUUGAGAAAAGAAACUUAAAGGUAAUAUUCUGCACUCCAUUUCCCCAAGUCAAGUUAAAGAUAUACAAGUCAGGACAGAAUCUGAACACCAUUCAAACACCAACUUGUAUGCCUAAGACCACAAUACAUAUGCCUGAAAUAUCAAUUUUCUUUCAGAAUAAAAAAGCACAUCUUAAAAAACAUAGACAGGGCUGGGGAUGUAACUCAGUUGACAGAUAUCUGACUGGCAUGCAGAGCCCUGGUUUCAAACCCCAGCACGACACAAACUGGAUUUAGUGGCACGUGCCUUCAACCUGGGCGGGGAGCGGGAGGGUGGUAGAAUGAUCAGAAGUGUAGGGACAUCAUCAGCUACAUAGUAUGUUUUACCUCACUGUUGACAUGCAUGAGACCUUAUCAAAGAGAGAAAAAGAAGAAGACAUUUUCUAAUUGUGAGAAAACAACUUUGGGUCAUAAGCUUAUAUUUUAAAAUAUAAUUGUUGACUCAUAGAAACCUCCAUUAUAGUAAAAACAUAUUACAUGAUGGUUAGAUGCUAACCAUUAUUAAGAUUCUUGGGGUAUUAGUAAUGAAUAAGAUAGACCUGUCUUCUCAGAACGUGUGUUCUAACAAAGUUGUCAUCAUAAUGAAGUUAUUUAUAAACAUGAAGCCUGCCCUAGAGAAAUAGAGGACACUGUACAAAGGAUUGUGGGGGAAAGUUUGAGACAUAGCAUAGCUCUAUUUUUAAUUCUCUUAUGUAUUACAUCCUGACCACAGUUUCCUCCCCUUCCUCUCCUCCCGGUCCCUCCCUUCCACCUCCCCCUUCCCAUCUACUCCUCUUAUUUCGCCUCAGAAAAGGGCAGGCUUCCCAGGGACAACAACCAGACAUGGCCAAUCAAGUUAUAAUAAGGUUGGAUACCUCCCUUCAUACUAAGGCAGGACAAGUCAACCCAGGAGGAAAAGAGACAGCCUAAGACAGGUAAGAGAGUCAGAGACAGCUGGGCGGUGGUGGCUCAUGCCUUUAAUCCCAGCACUCGGGAGGCAGAGACAGGCAGAUUUCUGAGUUUGAGGCCAGCCUGGUCUACAAAGUGAGUUUCAGGACAGCCAGGGCUAAACAGAGAAACCCUGUCUUGAAAAAUCCAAAAGAAAGAGAGAGAGAGAGAGAGAGAGAGAGAGAGAGAGAGAGGAAGGAAGGAAGGAAGGAAGGAAGGAAGGAAGGAAGGAAGAAGAGUCAGAGACAGCCCCUACUCCCACUCUUAGAAGUCCCAUAAGAGAGACACAGUGGCUCUUAAAAGGCAGCCUAGGAGAUACUAUCUUGAGACAGAACAGUAACACCAUGCAUUGACAUACAACCUCAAAGGCCCUGUUCCUGAGGACUCAGCCAGAAAGCAGUGUUACUACUGGACUGAACCAAAUAAUUUUUGGUAAUCAUAACUCUGAUCCUAAGAGCUUUUACCCGUCAGAACAUGUUUGUAAAGGCCAUGACAUCAUUAAAAAGAUGGAGAAAUCCAAUUGUAAAGAAAAUAAAUCAGUCAUCUAAAAAGCA